CAUAGACCUUCUACCAACUCCCAGUGUUUUUCUUUUCCUUUGUUGCUGAGCGGUUUGGGGUUUCCGAGUGAGUGAGAUGGCCAUGUCGGCAAGGACAGUAAAGGUCAGCAAUGUUUCCCUAGGUGCAUCUGAGCAAGAUAUAGAAGAAUUCUUUUCCUUUUCUGGUAACAUUGAAUAUGUUGAAAUGCGAAGUGGUGAUGAGCGGACACAGGUUGCUUAUGUCACCUUUAAAGAACCACAGGGAGCAGAGACUGCCCUUCUUCUUUCGGGUGCAACAAUAGUUGAUAUGUCGGUCAUCAUUACGCCAGCCCCAGACUACCAACUGCCUGCCGCUGCUUCAUCCCCACCCGCGUCAAAAGAUGCUAAGGCUGUCGGGGUUGCUGAAUCUGCUGUUCAAAAAGCUGAAGACGUCAUCAGCGCCAUGCUUGCUAAGGGCUUUAUCCUAGGCCAAGAUGCUCUCAACAAAGCAAAGGCUUUUGAUGAGAAGCACCAGUUCACAUCCACAGCAGGUGCCAAAGUCUCAUCCCUGGACAAGAAGAUUGGGCUGAGCGAGCAAAUCAGCAUGGGCACUUCUGCUGUCAAUGAAAAGGUCAGGGAAAUGGAUAAGAAGUUUCAGGUUUCUGAGAAGACAAAGUCAGCCUUUGCAGCUGCCGAGCUGAAGGUCAGCAGUGCUGGGUCAGCCAUUAUGAAGAACAGGUUUGUUUUCACUGGGGCAUCAUGGGUGACCGGUGCUUUCAACAGGGUGGCCAGGGCAGCAAGUGAUGUUGGAUCAAAGACAAAAGAGAAAGUUGCUGCUGAGCAAGAACAUGAGAGCUUGGAGAAUGACUUUGCAAAGGUUCAUCUCUCUGAGACUCCGCCAGCUGCGACGGGUGAGCAUUCUAACAAGCCUGCACCUGCUCAAGGAUUGAUCCUAUGAGUUUUUGUAUAACAGAAAAGGACAUGGUUUUGUGUAUUCAGUUUCUAGUGGUGAACAUAGAAUCAGUCUUCUGUGAAUUGGUUGAUGUUGUUUAAUAACUUGUGUAGCUCUUUGUUAUUAUCAUCAGGUCGAAGACGUGUGCAAAGAAUAGGUAGCUCAUAGGUACAAAUAUGUCUCUCUGUAUUUCCUCCCUGAUGCAUCAUUUUAAACCCUGACCUUUCUACCUU